AUGGGAAAUAUUGAUAACAGUGAAAUAAUCGAGAGGCGGAGAGUGGAGGUGCAAGUUCCUCCAGCGAAGCCCUUUCUCCACUCCCUCAAAGAUUCGGUCCGGGAGACUCUUUUCCCGGACGACCCUUUCAAGCGGUUUAACAAGGACCAGACGGUCUCCGCGAAGCUCGUGCUCGUCUUGCAGUACUUGGUGCCCAUACUCGAGUGGGCCCCACGCUAUAACAUCGGCUUCUUCAAAGCUGAUUUCAUAGCCGGGAUCACCAUCGCAAGCCUUGCCGUGCCUCAGGGCAUCAGCUACGCCGGCUUAGCCAGUUUGCCGCCUGUGAUUGGUCUCUAUUCGAGCUUUGUGCCGCCGCUUAUAUAUGCAAUAUUGGGAAGCUCGAGAGACUUGGCCGUGGGGACCGUGGCCGUGCCUUCGCUUUUAAUUUCGACAAUCAUUAGUAAAGAAGUCGACCCUAAUGAAAACACCGAGCUCUACGUGCAGUUGGUGUUCGCUGCAACUUUCUUUGCUGGGGUUUUCCAAGCUGGUUUAGGGCUGUUAAGGCUUGGAUUUAUUGUGGAUUUUCUGUCACAUGCAACAAUAGUGGGGUUUAUGAGUGGAGCUGCCACAGUUGUGUGCUUGCAGCAACUGAAGGGAAUUCUUGGGCUUCUUCACUUCACUCAUGGAGCUGACCUUGUUUCAGUUAUGAAAUCAGUUUUCACCCAAAUACAUAUGUGGAGAUGGGAGAGUGGAGUACUGGGGUGCUGUUUUCUCUUGUUUCUCUUCAUCGCAAGAUAUUUUAGCAGGAAAAAACCAGUGUUCUUCUGGAUAAAUGCUUUGGCACCUCUGACAUCGGUUAUACUGGGAAGCCUUCUGGUUUAUCUCACCCACGCCGAUAAACACGGUGUAGAAAUCAUUGGGCACUUAAAGAAAGGGCUAAACCCAUCAUCACUAUCGGAGCUGGAGGCAUCGUUUAGGUCGGCACAUCUCUUGACGGCAAUUAAAACAGGGAUCAUCACGGGCAUCAUUGCCCUUGCCGAAGGAAUAGCAGUGGGGAGAAGCUUUGCAGUGUUCAAAAGUUAUCACAUUGACGGGAAUAAGGAAAUGAUAGCGUUUGGGAUGAUGAACAUAGCAGGCUCCUGCACAUCCUGCUACUUAACUACAGGGCCUUUCUCAAGGACGGCUGUAAAUUUCAACGCCGGAUGUCAGACUGCAGUCUCCAACAUGGUGAUGGCAGUGGCUGUUAUGAUGUCGUUACUGUUCCUGACGCCAUUAUUCUACUACACCCCCAUUGUGGUGCUCUCCGCCAUUAUAAUGGCCGCCAUGAUAACUCUCGUCGACUAUCCAGCUGCCCUUCACUUAUGGGCAGUCGACAAGUUUGACUUUCUCGUCUGCAUCACUGCAUACAUCGGGGUCGUCUUCAACAGCGUCGAAACCGGUCUAAUCAUUGCGGUAGCGAUAUCCCUGCUUCGCGUACUUCUGUUUGUGGCAAGGCCAAAAACCACUGUCAUGGGUAAUGUCUCUAAUUCCAUGACCUAUAGAAGCAUCGAACAAUACCCGAAUGCGAAUUUUAUUCCUGGAAUUCUAAUUCUUCACAUAAACGGCCCCAUCUACUUUGCCAACGCCAGUUACUUGAGAGAGAGGUACGAAAAUUUCAUACUAACAGAUUUUGAACUUCUAGUCCAAUGCCAAAUAUGCUUUUUCAAGUUGAUCUCUGUUUGUAGGAUCAUGAGAUUGAUAGAUGAAGAGGAGGACAAGAUAAAGAUUUCUGCAAAGAACGACUUGCAAUACAUCAUAUUAGACAUGAGCGCUGUAGGGAACAUUGAUACGAGUGGGAUCAGCAUGUUUGAAGAACUGAAGAAAAAUGCCGACAGAAGAUGUAUUAAGCUUGUGUUAUCUAACCCUGGAGGGGAAGUUAUGAAGAAGUUGGACAAAUCGAAGUUCAUUAACAAAAUUGGACGCGAGUGGAUUUACAUAACUGUUGGAGAUGCAGUAGAGGCUUGCAACUUUAUGCUUCAAACAUACAAGCAGCCGAAAGCUAAGGCAGACGAAUCUGAGGCAGCAGAUGAUAAAGUCUGA